AAUUGUAAAUAAAAUUAUCUUUAAAAUAAAGUAAAAAAGAUACUUCAAAACGGCGACCAUAACGAACUCCGCCUUAGCAAUGAGCCAACUGGGCACGGUUUACGCUACCAAGCGAAGGCGUCGUAACGGCAAGAGCUUGAAACCACCGCCCAAGGAUGGAGUUACGAAAAGCAAUCCUUCGAAGCGUCACCGCGAACGUUUAAAUGCUGAACUCGAUUUGUUGGCUUCUUUGCUGCCAUUUGAACAAAAUAUCCUCAGUAAAUUGGACCGACUGAGUAUUUUAAGGCUGUCCGUUAGUUAUUUAAGAACAAAAAGUUAUUUUCAAUUUGUUAUGCAUAAGGAAAAAGAAGAAAAUGGUCUACUACCACACAUCCACGCACAUGACGGCUAUCGAACUCGAGAGCUAGGCGCUUUCGAACAUGGGUUACUUGACGGUGAUAUGUUCCUCCAGUUUAAGUUGAGUCUUAUCUCAAACUAUAAUUAUAUCGAGUGUAUUGACCCUGAAACUGUUGUUAUGCAUAAGGAAAAAGAAGAAAAUGGUCUACUACCACACAUCCACGCACAUGACGGCUAUCGAACUCGAGAGCUAGGCGCUUUCGAACAUGGGUUACUUGACGGUGAUAUGUUCCUCCAGGCUUUGAAUGGAUUUCUUAUGAUACUCACAUGCGAAGGUGAAGUAUUCUUCGCAACACACAGCAUAGAGAGCUAUUUGGGUUUUCAUCAGUCUGAUAUUGUACACCAGUCUGUCUACGAACUAGUCCAUUCGGAAGAUCGCGAGGAACUGCAACGUCAAUUGUUGUGGAAUUCCUUUUUACCCGCCGAUAUGUCGAGUAUGCAAUUAGCCGAAACGCUGGCACCCGAUAAAUCUCUUUAUUUGGAACGCAGCUUUACAGUACGUUUUCGCUGUUUACUCGACAAUACUUCUGGCUUUUUGCGUUUGGACAUACGAGGUCGCAUCAAAGUUCUACAUGGACAAAAUCGUAAAACAGAGGAACCACCAUUGGCGCUUUUUGCGUAUUGUACGCCAUUUGGGCCACCUAGUCUACUUGAAAUACCGCACAAAGAGAAUAUGUUCAAGUCGAAACAUAAAUUAGAUUUUUCUUUAGUUUCUAUGGAUCAAAGCCAACAACAGCAACAUCAGCAACAACAACAACAAUUACAUCUUAGCUACAACAAUCAAUUGCAACCCUUAACAGGCUGUACCUCGACAACUUCAUCCAGUUCAUCCCCAUCAUGUACCUCACCUACCGCCAGUCAGUUGCCAACAACAAUCAUAGGAAAUAUGCUUAAUGGCACUAAUAGCAAUGACAUCAACAGCAGUAUAACUCCAUAUCAACAUCAAUUAGCGAUUAUAGCAUCACCAAUUGUCAUUGCAUCGGCUGAUGGACAAACCACCAUUCCACUCACCACCACUCUGCAGCCGAUUAAUGCCAACAUCGACCGCACCAAUCGCAACAACAGCCAUCGAAGCAGUCACGUUCUGCACGCCAAUAACGCGCACAAUCAUCAUUUGCUGCACACAGCGGCUGUAUAUGCGCUCGGUAGUGAGCAGCAGGCCGAUGGAAGUCCUUUGUUAUCCUUCUCUGAGGUCACAAAUACAUUGCUGAAUCAAUAA